AUGGACCGGGUAAAUGGUUCGGUGAUGGAAAUGUGUUCCGACCAGCUGGACAACAGGUCAGGAAAAUCAUUAAGGAUCGAAAAUGUUCCGGACAAAAUUGAAAAUCUCACCGAGGUGAAUUCUAUCACCUAUACCCACAGUUGCGAAAAAAAGAAAAUUUCUAGGAGAAAACUGUUGAAUGAAUUUGGCGAAGGCAGCAGUAUAACUCAAAAUUACUUUAGUUCAUCCGAUGAUACGGAAUUUUCAAAACUGUGUGAUGACAAUAGUGAUGAUGAUAUUGAUGAUGGAGGAGAAACAUGCUUGAUAUGUGAAGAGAGGGGAAAGAAUGAGAUUUGGUACAGGUGUACAAUUUGUGGUUUUUGGAUUCACUCAGAGUGCAGUGGUGUAGUAAAAGACUAUGAGUGUGACAUAUGCAGAAACUGA